AUGUAUCCAAUUUUACCUAAAGGAGUUACAUGGCUUUCCCUACCAGCAUUAGGUUAUGCAAUUGGAUGGUACUUGGACAAGAAGGAAACUGAGCGACUAACGCUUUUCCGAGAUAAGAGUGCUCUCUAUGGCAGAGUUCUCAAGGAAGGUGAAAAGCCAACAUGGCCUUGA